AUGGAGUCCAAGCAUCAAAUCUGGACACUCUCAUUCUUCUUAUUUCCGAUGCUGCUCGGUUUCGCGAGCUCCCAUGUCAACCAAGAUAAAGCUGAAUGCGCUGAUAAGCUGGCGGGGCUUGCUCCAUGUAUCCAGUACGUCGGCGGAGAGGCGAAAACGCCCACCGUAGACUGUUGCGGUGGGAUCGAACAGGUGUUGGAUAAGAACAUGAAAUGCCUUUGUGAAUUGCUUAAAGAUAAAGAUGAUCCAAGCCUUGGGCUUAAGAUCAACACCACUAUAGAAGCUACCCUUCCUAGUACGUGUCAUGCCCCGGUUAACAUAACUAACUGUAUCUAAGUAAACCAUACAUACAUACAUAUACGUAUGGCACCAAAUUCCAAGGACGCCAAGUUAUUCGAAGAAUAUCUAAAGCUGACAGAGGCGCAUGCCACUACCCCAGCUGCCACUGGAAGUUCGAGUAGCGGAGCAUCAAGUGCUGCAGAGAAGAGUGAGGGAGGAAGAGGGAAGAGAUGGAUGGGAUUUAAGAUGGCUUUGGGAGUUUCACUAUGGAUCUUCGUAUCUUGUGUGUAAAAAGUAGUCGAAUUC